AUGGCGACCCAGUACGAGCAGGAGAAGAUUUCCACCCACGAUGCGGCUCAUGUCGAAGAGCACCACAGGAAGGCUGGUGGACUGGCCGCCAACAUGAGCCCCGAACGACGACAGCAGGUUGAGAAGACGCUGAAACGCAAGCUGGACAUACGAUAUCUCGACAGGAACAACAUCGCAGCAGCGCGUCUGGGUGGGUUCGAAGAAGAUCUCGGUCUUACCGCUACCCAAUACUCGACAUGCCUAAGUAUUCUCUAUGUUGGGUAUAUUUUGAUGCAGGUCCCGUCAAAUAUGAUCAUCAACCGGAUACCACGCCCGUCGUUAUACAUUGGCGUUGUAAUGCUUAUCUGGGGCAUGAUUAGUACCCUGAGUGGUAAUGUCAACAGCUUUUCCGGCAUGGUGGCCAUUCGUUUCAUGAUUGGCUUUGUCGAGGCAGCUUUUUUGCCUGGAGCCCUUCUGAUUUUAUCCAAAUGGUAUACGAGACGCGAGCUCACACUUCGAAACGCCAUCCUUUUCUGUGGAAACCUCAUCUCAAACGCCUUCAGUUCACUCGUUGGAGCAGCCGUUCUAGGCAACAUGGAGGGAACUCUAGGGCACAGAGCAUGGCGUUGGCUCUUCUGGAUCGAGGGGGCAGUUACAAUGGCUAUUGCUAUUGCAGCUGUAUUCGUUCUUCCGGAUCUUCCUCAUAAUUCGCGUGGUUUCACCGAAGAAGAGCGGGCGGUGGCGGUUCUACGAAUGACCGAGGACGUGGGAGAAGCCGACGAGGACUCGUCUGAGCAGUCCGCCUUUGCUGGAUUCUUCAUGGCUGUCAAGGAUCUCAAGAUUUACGUUAUGAUGUUGACGUUUACGGCAUAUGUUAUCGGACUGUCGUUCAACGCUUUUUUCCCGACCCUCACCAAAACUCUCGGAUUCGGAUACAUCACCACGCUCCUCAUGAGUGCGCCGCCGUGGGCCUUUGCUUGCAUUGUCAGUCUUAUUAAUGCCUGGCACGCUGAUCGCCAACAAGAGCGCUUCUGGCACAUUGUCGGGCCCAUUAUGGUUGGCAUCGUGGGAUUCGCAAUUUCAAUGGCGACAUCACACACAGCAGCACGCUACGUUGCUCUCUUCCUACAGGCUUCAUCUUACGCUGGCUUUAUCGUAUUCUACUCCUGGAUUUCAUCCUCCUUCCCUCGUCCCCCGGCCAAGCGCGCAGUGGCCAUUGCCAUGAUCAACGCCUUCAGUCAACUCGGCAACAUUGCUGGAUCGUAUGUGUGGAACAUGAAGGACAACGGGUACCGAAACAGCUACGGCGUUGUCACGGCCAUGUUUGGCGUUACAAUCAUGGGGUGCUUCGUCUUCAGAGUCAUCUUGGUGCGCUUGAACAAGCGACUAGACGACGGUGUAGAUGCCUGGGUUGUACAUGGAGAUGUUGCAGAGCAAACCGCAGCAACGGAGGGCGUAAGUGUCGAGGAGGGCAAGAAGAUGAUGGGAGACUUUAGGUAUCUCAUCUAG